AUGGGUAAGGAGAAGUCCCACAUCAACAUUGUGGUUAUUGGCCACGUCGACUCUGGCAAGUCGACCACCACCGGCCACCUGAUCUACAAGCUUGGAGGCAUUGACAAGCGUGUGAUCGAGAGGUUCGAGAAGGAGGCCGCUGAAAUGAACAAGCGGUCCUUCAAAUACGCGUGGGUGCUUGACAAGCUCAAGGCUGAGCGUGAGAGAGGUAUCACAAUUGAUAUUGCUCUGUGGAAGUUCGAGACAACCAAGUACUACUGCACUGUCAUUGAUGCCCCUGGACACCGUGACUUCAUCAAGAACAUGAUCACUGGUACCUCCCAGGCUGACUGUGCUGUCCUUAUCAUUGACUCCACCACUGGUGGUUUUGAGGCUGGUAUCUCCAAGGAUGGCCAGACCCGUGAGCAUGCUCUCCUUGCUUUCACCCUUGGAGUGAAGCAGAUGAUUUGCUGCUGCAACAAGAUGGAUGCAACCACUCCUAAAUACUCCAAGGCCCGUUAUGAUGAGAUUGUGAAGGAAGUCUCAUCCUACCUGAAGAAGGUUGGAUACAACCCUGACAAGAUUGCUUUCGUCCCAAUCUCUGGUUUUGAGGGUGACAACAUGAUUGAGAGGUCCACCAACCUUGACUGGUACAAGGGCCCAACCCUGCUUGAGGCUCUUGACCAGAUCACCGAGCCCAAGAGGCCUUCGGACAAGCCCCUGCGUCUGCCUCUCCAGGAUGUGUACAAGAUUGGAGGUAUUGGAACUGUCCCGGUUGGUCGUGUGGAGACUGGUGUCAUCAAGCCUGGGAUGGUUGUCACCUUCGGUCCAACUGGCCUGACCACUGAGGUGAAGUCUGUUGAGAUGCACCACGAGGCUCUCCAGGAGGCCCUUCCUGGUGACAAUGUUGGCUUCAACGUGAAGAACGUCGCUGUGAAGGAUCUCAAGCGUGGGUAUGUGGCCUCCAACUCCAAGGAUGACCCUGCCAAGGAGGCUGCCAGCUUCACCUCCCAGGUCAUCAUCAUGAACCACCCUGGGCAGAUCGGCAACGGCUAUGCCCCAGUGCUGGACUGCCACACCUCCCACAUCGCUGUCAAGUUUGCUGAGCUCAUUACCAAGAUCGACAGGCGGUCUGGCAAGGAGCUUGAGAAGGAGCCCAAGUUCCUGAAGAACGGUGAUGCUGGUAUGGUGAAGAUGAUUCCCACCAAGCCCAUGGUGGUGGAGACAUUCUCCGAGUAUCCUCCCCUUGGUAGGUUUGCUGUCCGUGACAUGAGGCAGACGGUUGCUGUUGGAGUCAUCAAGAGUGUGGAGAAGAAGGACCCGACCGGCGCCAAGGUGACCAAGGCUGCUGCCAAGAAGAAAUGA